AUGCUGUGGUGGAAGCUGGGAUGCAGCGCGUGCCUUGCGCCGAGUGUGGACACGAAAGAUGAGAGCGUUCUUUCGUGGCCCUCUGCGGAAGGGCCAGACGCGAGCCGCGGCAUGCCGGAGAGUGAGAUGGCCCAUGCCCUCAAGGAUAUGCAGAAGAGAUAUCCUCUUCUUGCACUGCCCUCGCACGGCCUGUAUGCCAUUGUGCAGGACUGUUUGUUCUACCGAGGGUACCUUCCUGGCUUGAAUUUGUGGGUGCAGGAGUGUGAGACGGCCGUCUGCGAGGGCGACGAGGAGAAAGCCAAGGACAUCCUCGAGCGUUUGGAGCACGAAGUUGAGCUCGAGGCGCCGUUUGCGAGUUUCAGACGCUCCUUCGGCACUUCCGCACUUCGGCACUUUGGCUUCACGGCUCAGACCACGACGCUAGCGGCGGCCUUCAACCUUUUCAAGAAGCCGGGAAAGGAGACCUUGUCCGAAGCGGAGGCAUUGCCCUCGUCUUCUGCCGCAACUGCAUCUGCUGCGUACCCUUCUCAGAUACGUACCAUGCUGGAGUACCUCGGCUUUCCGAAGGAGGAUGACGAUGUGGAAAAGCUUCUCAAAGCAGUCGACACUGAUGGAGACCGCCAGAUGAGUCUGGUGGAAUUCCACCAGUACGUCGCUCGCAUGGGAGGGAGCUUGCGCCUUUUCGAAAUCCGCCGGAAGCAGAUGGAAGCGAAGCACGGGCAUCGAAUGGGUGCCGAAUCCGAAGAUCCUGAGCAGCUGCGGCUGAACCUCCUGGAGGCAGGCAUCAGAGACGAUGCACAGGCAUCGGAUGCGGCAUCAGGGUGUGAUUUUGCACCGGACUUGUGGCAGCCAUUGCAAGGCGUAUUGGUGAGGCAUAUCCGAGCCAUGGCAAAACGGAACCAUGACGAUGCCCUGCCAAAGUUGCAGAGACGCAUUGCAAAACUGGGGUCUGACAUCAAGGAGACUGACCUGUGGAUGACGCUGGCCUGGAUCCGUGAGAUGGCCCCGAUCAUCGUACACAUCGAUCUCCAGAAGAUGCUGCGGUUCCUGGAGAGUGAUACGCACUAUCGGAAUCAGUUCGAGACUGCCACGUCCGGAGGACUUCUGAAGCCCGCCGUCCGCGAAAAGUGGGAGCGGGACCUUUUCGGGGGCUACUACGACAAAGCGCAGGGCUUCCACCGAUGCAAGUACGGCGUGCUCAACGCCAUGAAUGACCAUCGCGGAGUGAUCCGCUGUGUCCAAUACGGGGACAGCUACCUGGUGCUCAGAGAUGUGCGGCUGCGGUGUACUUUCUCUCCGGAGGACUCGGCAAACCUCAAAGCAGAACGUACGCCUGGGAAGGGGUUCUGGGGUGGGGCCCGUGGAUGUUCAGAAUGGCAAGUUUAA